CCUUAGUAGAAUUGGGAAAUUGGUUUCCCUGCUGGAUGCGUUUCGCUCUCCGAAGCCAUUUUGGACUCAGUUCAGUUCCGUGCAUGUCAGAAUCGAACCCCGUCCUGCCAUUCUCGCUCUUGCACGGGAAAAGCUUCACACGCGAACGGGAUUUGGGUGGAAAUCGCCGGUUAUUCCGCACCGGACGGCGUUUCUGUUGGAAUAGGCGCUUUUCCUGAUGGAUUUGUGCAUGUGUUAAAGUUUGAUUAAGCCCGAUCGGUGGGUGGACAUCAGGCCGACGGUCACUCGGGCUCGUGUGUGUGUGUGUGUGUGCGCGCGCGUGUGCGUGCGUGCGUGUUUGUGUGUGUGCAUAUAUGUGUGUGUGUGUGUGUUUCCCCGAUCGUUUUAAAUGUGUGCAAAGCAGAAAACACUGAAAAGGAGAAAAUCCGGGGUGUUUUUGUGUCACUAGAGGAAUAUGUUCGCUUCCUGGCUGACUUUUGCACUUCUUCUGGGAACUUUUAGUGCAGGACCCAGUCAUGCCGAGGUGGAGACGCGCGAGUGCUUGUACUUCAACAUUAACUGGGAGAUCGAGAAGACGAACCGCAGCGGCGUGGAGCGCUGUGAGGGAGAGAAGGACAAGCGCUCGCACUGCUACGCCUCCUGGAGGAACAGCUCCGGCAGCAUCGAGCUCGUCAAGAAGGGCUGCUGGCUCGACGACUUCAACUGCUACGACAGACAGGAGUGUGUGGCCACCGAGGAAAACCCGCAGGUCUUCUUCUGCUGCUGCGAAGGCAACUUCUGCAACGAGAGGUUCACGCACCUGCCUGACGUCAGCGGCCCAGUGAUCGAGCCUCCUCCGCCGGCGCCGCUGCUCCUGAACAUGCUGGUUUGCUCUCUGCUGCCCAUCACGAUGCUCUCGAUGGCGCUGCUGCUGGCCUUCUGGAUGUACCGGCACCGCAAGCCGCCGUAUGGACACGUGGACAUCAACGAGGAUCCGGGUCCGUCUCCUCCCUCGCCGCUGGUGGGUCUGAAGCCUCUUCAGCUGCUGGAGGUUAAAGCUCGAGGACGCUUCGGCUGCGUCUGGAAAGCUCAGAUGAUGAAUGAAUAUGUAGCCGUGAAGAUCUUCCCCAUUCAGGACAAGCAGUCGUGGCAGAAUGAGCGCGACAUGUUUAAUACGCCGGGCAUGAAGCACGAGAACCUGCUGCACUUCAUCGCCGCUGAGAAACGCGGAAGCAACCUGGAGACCGAGUUCUGGCUCAUCACAGAGUUUCAUGAGCGGGGUUCGCUGACGGACUAUCUGAAGGGGAACGUGCUGAGCUGGAUGGAUCUGUGUCACAUCGCGGAGACGAUGGCCUGCGGUCUGGCGUAUCUUCACGAGGACGUGCCGCGCUGUAAAGGAGAAGGUCCUAAACCGGCCAUCGCACACAGAGACUUCAAGAGCAAGAACGUGAUGCUGAAGGCGGAUCUGUCGGCGGUGCUGGGGGACCUCGGGCUGGCGGUGCGCUUCGAGCCGGGGAAGCCUCCGGGAGACACACACGGUCAGGUCGGGACGUGGCGCUACAUGGCUCCGGAGGUCCUGGAGGGAGCCAUUAACUUCCAGCGGGACGCCUUCCUGAGGAUAGACAUGUACGCCGUGGGCCUGGUGCUGUGGGAGCUAGUGUCACGCUGCAAAGCCGUGGACGGUCCUGUAGACGAGUACAUGCUGCCGUUUGAGGAGGAGAUCGGUCAGCAUCCGUCUCUGGAGGAUCUUCAGGAUGUGGUGGUUCAUAAGAAGUUGCGGCCGGUGUUCAAGGACUGCUGGCUCAAGCAUUCAGGUCUGGCGCAGAUGUGCGAGACGAUCGAGGAGUGCUGGGAUCACGACGCGGAGGCGCGGUUAUCGGCCGGAUGCGUGGAGGAGCGAAUCUCUCAGAUCCGCCGCCUGACCAGCGCCACUACCUCAGACUGCCUGCUUUCCAUGGUCACCUCGCUCACCAACGUGGACCUGCCGCCCAAAGAGUCCAGCAUCUGACCCUCGUCUUUCCAAACUCAGUGAAUCUCAAACCACAUCAAAGCAGCUGCUAUUUUAUCCUAACAUUUUUUAAACUUUAUUUUUAUUAUUAUUAUUAUUAUUAUUAUUAUUAUUAUUAUUAUUGUUUUUCUGAUCGGAUCAGUAACUACCAGCACACUUCUACUGUAUUUUUAUCAUCUGAGCAAACGCAGAAGAUUUUUAAACAUGCAUUCAGGUGCCGACAAAUGAAUGCUGACCGAUGCAGGUACCUCGACGUUUCAGUUCUGCCGAUUCCGUUGAUUUUUCUGGCUCAUCUUCUGGUUUUUCCGUUCGGAUCGCCUGCGACAAGCAACCAGUUCAUCUGAAGAUUCAACAGUGCUGCAAAACCCGCGAGGAUCAUUUUAUGACUGUUACACGCGCAACCUGACCUCCUCGUGGGAUUUCACUUUCUUAUUUCUCUUUUUCCGACAGUGUGCUAUUCGAAAAUUACGGAAAACGUGUCUUUUACGGAACUAACGGGUGAUGAGGAACACGGAAAAGACAUCUAGACUAAUUCCUUUCUUUCUUUUGUUUCGGUUUUAUUUGGUGGUGACUGUGAACAGGUUGGUUGGCUUUUAUCGAGUGGAUCUGGCUGGAAACUCUUGCAUGUGGAAAUAUGGGAGGUUUGGUACGGAAAUCUUUCUCAGGUAUCCAGUGUCAAGGGGUCCAUGACUGCCUUUCCCACGUCAUUAUAGGACAGAGAGAAAUAUAACGGUGCCCUGAUGAAUUUAACACUAAAACAUGCAAGACCGUGUGUGUGUGUGUGUGUGUGUGUGUGUGUGUGUGGUGCUGAGAGUUUGUUGAAAAUAGAAAAAAAGACCAUAAAAAGUUAGGCCUGUGCGGCCGUAUGAACGUAAGUGUUGGUUUUUCCUGUCUAGUUUCUCUUGUAAUAAUGCAACAUGUGUUUUGGACGUCCGGAGUGAAGGACUGAAUCCUCACCUGGACUCAGAAGGGUGAAAUUCUGGGUCAAAACACCUCGAAAUCAAAGGAAAAAAAUAAGAAAUAAUAUUUGUUGUAAAUAAAACAUUUUUUAAAAUUGUGGCAUUAUUAUUAAGCACAUUUUCCUUCAAAUUCUUAAGACCGUAAUGCAAUUCAUCAUGUCUGGUAAUUUCAUUAUCCUCAGUGUUUAUUUUAUUACUGCAAUACUUUUAAUUUAUGCUGGUUUUACCCUAAAUUCUAAUGACCAUAAUGCAUCCUGAUGUUUUGUUUUAUUUUAUUAUUUUAUUUUAUUUUUUUGGUAAUUCGCAUUGUUCUCGAUGUUGACUACAUCAAUUCUUAUAGAAUAAUUUAUGCUGAUUUUAACUUAAAAAAUCAGUACAGGUAGUACAACACAUAUUAAAACAUUUACCCCAAAUUCUCACGACUGUAAUGCAUCGAGAUCCAGAUGUUUUCUUUUUUUUUUUUUUUUACUUAUUUAUUAGUUAUUUUUGUAAUUCUAAUUAUUCUCAAAGUUGAUUCUAAUUAGAUUCUUAUUACUGUAAUAUAAAAAUCAAUGCUGGUUUUAAUUAAAAGUGCAGACAGUACAACAAAUACUGAAAUGAUAUAAAAACAUGUCACAUUUUUACUUAUUUUUUUUAAUUUUGGUAAUUCUCAUUGUUCUCAAAGCUGAUUCUAAUUAUCACUGUAAAAUAAGCUGAAUUCAGUCCAACAAAUACUAAAAAUAAUAGAAAAGUUUUUUUUUUUUUAAGAUAAUUUUGGGGGGAAAUGUGCUUAAUUGCUGUGAAAAUGUUAAACAAUGCAAAAUAUCUAAAUGUAUUCAAAAGCAAAGUACAAUUUCUUAUUUUUUUCUUGGACUUUAAGCUGAAAUAUGACCCUGUUUUGUGCGAUUCACCCAGAAAGUGUUUGGUUUUGUGCGUUUUGGUCGGGUCCCUUCAUGUAUUACCUCUUUCUAACAGGGACCAAAUCUGAGAUCUGACCUCCAGCGAUAUUGAGACUUUAAUUUGGGGCUAAAACUUAUAGAAUGUCAAACUUCACUUUGACCAGGUGACGUUUGACUCAUUAGCAAAGACAAAAAAAACACAAGAAUGAUAUUUAUUUUGUCUUAAAAGUGGCUAGUAAUCCACAUUUCCAUAUGCCAUAAUUCAAGAGUGAAUUUCCACAGUGCUGCUGCUGUUUGGAUGAAACGUCUUGAUAUUUUCUGUAUCUUCUCAGUAAAGUUCAUCCUCAGAUGCAACCGCAUGUCACCAGACGUUCAAAAGGCUUCCGAGACGAACGAGCGCAACUCUAAACAAUAAAAUUAGUUGUGAAAGGACAAAAAAAGUUAAAGAUAUUGUUCAUGAACCACAGACCACCUCAGACCAGAAAUACCUCAGAUUUUCUACGUGUUUGACUUCUGUUAUAUAUUUUGUUAGUUGUGUUGACUUGUAGUAAGUAUAUUUUGAUGUAAGUUGGCUUUUAUGAUUAGGAAAGAUGUUUUUGGAGAAGUAAAAAUACAAAAAAACACAAAAAAAAGAAGUGCUACUAAGUUCUGUUGUAUAAACGAGAGAAACCCAUGAUGUAAAUAGCUGUAAACAGUUGUAGAAUCAUGCCGAUCAGUGAAACAGGGCAUUAUUCUUCUUAUUCUUCCUGUCUCUUACUUCACGGGACAUUGAACCUUAAACUUUUGGCGCUGCUUCCAAAAAUUGAAUUGUAUUUCCCCAUUUUUACUUGCACAAUUUUAUACCUACCCCUUGUACGACGUUACGAGGGACAAAAUUGAACCUGUCGUUCAAAAGAAACCUUAAAGGGACUAAAAUUCACAGAAAAAUGACAUUUCUGUCUUCGUUUACUUGUUAUUAAAACCUGUAAGACUUUUUAUUUCUUCUGUUAAACACAAAAGAAUUUAUUUUGAAGGCCUAAAAGUUGCCAUUGACUUCCAUUCUUCAAAAUAUCAUCUUAAAAAUAUCUUUUUGAAGAAUGUUAGAACCAAACACCUGACGGUAGCCAUUGACUUUCAUAGUAUUUUUAUGUAAGUCAAUGGCUGCCGUCAACUUUUUUUCAUUCCACAUUUUGUUUAACAUUUUUCCAAAUAUCUUCAUUUGAAGCAUUCUGGGAACCAAACAAUUGACGGUAGCCGUUGUCUUCCAUAGUAUAUAUUUUUCUUUUAUACUAUGGAAGUCAAUGGCUACCGUCAACCCCAAAGUAUCUUCUGAUGACCGAACUGUUAUUUUUGGGUGAACUAUCCCUUUACGAAUUGACUGUGAACCCAACGCUUACCAAAUGACCUCGGCCAAAUUUUCCCGGCGAUUUCACAAAGAUUUUCAGGGCCAAAUGAAGGUUCGGUGUCCCGAACGUUUGUGCCAUUUCUCUGCUCUCUGUACCCAUGAUGCACUGCAGCGGUCGCUUCGACUUCCUCUCAAACCCAGCUCAGAGCUUUAAGUUAUCCAUUAUGGUGCCAUAUAUCAUGAUUUUAAAAGAUCCGUCUUUGACAACCUUUUGAUUGACUUUUUUAGAUCAAAGGUCAGCUGUUAUUUUUAUUUUUUUAAUUUAAUUUAAUUUUUAAAAAUUAAAAUUUUUUACUUUUUUUUAUUUUUUUUCUGGGUGCGCUUCAUUGGUCUCUUUUGUUAUCGGUUGCGAUGUUGUAGCAUUAGAAACGUUGCGACGCCCAAUUCUGGCACGACGAAAUCGCAAAGUGCCAAAGUAGCGCGUUUCCCAGCGAUCGCUCGGCCAAUCACGGGUCUGCUUCAGUCUCUGCAUCUCGAUACUUUCAGGAAACUGCAUUCUCUUCAGGUUAACCGGGAAAGUUCGGAUUGGUUGCGCAAUCGGAGAGUUUCCGACCGGCUCAGACGAUGUAGCAAGCAAUAUCUCCAGCAAUAGUCUGUAGACCGAUCUUUGGGCAUUGAGAUCCACAUCGCAUUUCGAUGAACUGACCUCGUUUCGUUUGAAAUAACGUACGAUAUGUAGCCAAAUUCCUUCUGCGAGAGGAAAACCAAAGGCGUUGAUUAUGUUUAACAUUAGCUGGUUGUUUUUACAAAUGUCUUUGUGUCUUUAUCGUCUAGAAAAGUGAGGUUUUAGUGUUGCCAGACUGUAUUGGAGGAGUUUGUGAUGAAAUGAAAGGCUUUCGGUUUGUCUUAUGCAUCGUGUUUCGGCGAGCCGUACUGAGAGAUGUGAUUUAUGCAAUACACUCACACGCUUCAUUAUGCACUAAAGACAGUCCAGUGUUUCUCCAGAAUGUCGUCACCUCCGCCGUCGUGCCAAUUUCACCUGAUUUACAGCCUUCUAACACAUUUGUAUCUCAUGAAACUUCUUAAGAAACAUAUUUCACAUCAGAACAAAAGAAAAAAGGAAUAUUUUGCAUAUUUUUAGGAUUAAGGUAACUAAUGCUAACUCUCCCUAAAUA